UGGACACGCCCCCUUUAUAAAGAUUUUCUCGGAUUUGGAUUUGCGAGCCACCUUGGCGGCCAAAGAGAAAAAUACGCAAGAGCAGCAGACGAUAAUCACCACUUUCUUCUGACACCCCCGCACCCUGCUUAAACAAAGAGUCGUGCCCCUCUUCAAAUUUAAUCGAAGUGAGCCGGUUGGGCGAAUCCUUUUCGUCAAGCCAAAAUCCGCAGGGGAGGACACACAGACAUUGCAAGGCCAGAUGAGCGACAAUAAUGAUUUAGAGUUGUUGCGCGCCUUGUAUGAUUUCAAUGCGACGGAUCCCAAGACGAUCAGCUUUAAGCAGAACGACCUUUUCGUCAACUUGGAAAAAAAUAUUGGCUCACGAAAGUGGUGGAAGGUUGUCAACAAGGAUGGCUUGGUCGGCUUCAUCCCGUGCAAUUAUGUCAGCAGUCAAGAGGAGAGUGUUGAGGACGUUUUGAAUUUUAUCGACGUCUGCAGCAUAGCCCUUAAGAGCAGCUCCUCUGGAGGUUCGUCGGCUAAAUUGCUGACUGACUUAGAGGCCAAGAGAAAACGCAUCACUGGUUCCUGUGGCUCUUUCGAGAGCUCCACUCCGAGAGCCCCUCCAGAAGGAGCACCUUCUCAACCAAACAACGAAACAAAAUCAUCGUCUGCUCCGCCUAAAGAUAUGAAUGAGGAACAGAACAUGGAGGCUGCCUACGAACUGGUGCAGCAAGUUCGGCAGAAGACGGGCUUGAACCACGACCUAUCCUGUGUGGCUGUUAAAGUGGUUCUCGAAGGCAUGAGAGAGUUGCCAUUUGACAUUGUCUCGGCUCCUGUUAUAUCAGUCACUGCCUCCCUGCUGGGGCUUUUAAGUGCUGGUCGAGAAAUGCCCGACUCUGUUUUGGAUAAUACUCAUGACGCAUUCAGACUUAAGGUGGUGCUUGAGGAAUUAGCAACUGCUAAAGAUGACGACCAGCAGAGAAGUUGGAUGCUUCAUGAAGACGAGCAAACUUUAAAGGAUUAUCUUUCCGAGCUCCAAAGUAUUUUGAGAGAUGCAGACAGCAAAGUGUGCAUUCGAGUGUUGGAGCGAAUGCAGUGGGAGGGCGUUGAGGUCUUGCUGCAGUUUUACCAGAUGGAGUGCCGCUGGAGCAUUCGCGAGUGCCUGCUGAAGGCCCUCUCGGGAAUGUGUGCUCUUCACACAACUCCCAGAGUCAUCAUGCUCUCCUCCGUGCUCCCCAUGGAAUUAGCCAGAGACAUGCUCAGCAACCCUAACGAUCUGGCCAGGCUUGUUGAUUCUGGCAACCUGCUGACCAUGAUUUUCAGCACUGGUCAGCCCAUGCCAGUCACUCAUUUAGAACAUUUGGGAGCUCCUUUCGUUGAAUUCUUAUUGAGCAACUUGGAGCAGCCUCCUGAGUCUGAUGUCAUGGAGCAAAUUCCCGACGUCUUCCUGCGUCUCAUUGUGGCCAUCAAUCUUCAGUUCAAAGAAAGCAGCGAAAACGUUCUCUUGAAAGUUCUUUCAAAAUGCACGGUGGCACAGUCAUUCACCGAAAAAGUGCUGCUUCUGUUCAACAGAGAAGAUGAUCCUGUGGCUCAGUUCUGCUCAUCUUCGGCUAAGAUCCAUUCAAUUGUGAAACUCUUCCUUGAUCUGUUUAGUAACUCAACAACUGCACAACUUUUCUACACCAACGACACUAAAGUUUUGCUUGACAUAAUUUCUCGGCAGCUUGCUGACCUAUCACCAUGUGAUGAGCGUCGAGGUCAGUACCUGGAGUUGUGCCGCAGAGUGGUGCGGCACUCAAACUAUGAGGAGCACAACCACCGCAAGUCGGACAUCCUGAAGUGUCUGCAGCACAUUUUGACGGAGGAGAAUGAGGAGAGCCGUAGUGACCAGGCGCUUGUCAACGAAAUCAUUUCAGAAUUUCCAGAGAUCUUCGGCUAAAAGUAGGAAUCUUAGUUUUUAUAUUUUAUUUUUCUUCCAAAUCAUAGUCUUACAAUUAACUAAGAAAUUACAUUGACUUGUAAAAUGACGUCAUCAGCUGAUUGGCGCUCCUUUUUAUAAUAUAAUGGAAUUUACAGAAAGAAAGGACCUAUAUAAGUUCUGAUCAGUGAAAUAGUCUAUUAACGUUAAAAUAAUUGUUGUGAUUGGCCAUUGACUAUUAUUUUUAAUCCUCUAAAAGCGCAGUAUAACUGCAGAAUUUUGAAACCCAGCGAGUUCAAAUUUUUCAGGUAGCUAUCAAAAGUGCAGCAUUAGAUUUUGAAAGUAGACUUAACAAACAUUCCAUGUCGUUGCAAUAGCAUAAGUAAGCUUCUGCCUCUAAACGUAAUUCUCAUAACUUUUGGCUUUGAAACUUGUAACUUCAACUACUUCUCAUCCUGUUAUAAAAAGUGCCAAAAUUUGAGGCUAUACUUGAACAAUAUAUGUGAUUCUCUAUUGCUUUUAUCAAUGAUUUUAUGAAUCUCCUUUGCAAUGGCCAUGAAUUUAAUGUGUUUAUCUUUGACUCAAAAUAGUUAAUUUUUUAAGAGAUUGAAGACAAAAUCAAAACGCAGCUGCUGUGCAGAAAAAUAUCGAUGUUAGAGCCUAAUUUUAGUUGAUAAGUUGAUCAAUCAAACGCAGACUUUUUAUGUGGUUUUCAAUGUAAGUUUGGUUUAUUCCAUUUCUCCUGGGCAGAAAAACUAAACAUUACACGAGAUUAACCAAAGAUAAAUUAUACAAAAUUAAAUUAUUCACAAUACAAAGUAAAAACAAGGGUGCUUUCAUUUUCUUCCGACCUCUCUUGAUUGUCGAAAAAAGCUUGGGAAGAGUCUUUGACGUUCUAUUGGCGGCUGAAUUUGGAUCAACUUCGAAAAAGAAAAUGCACAAAUUUUUGUUAUUUGCUUCCGCUCGAAUGGAAUUCGCGUCGAAAAAUGGCCUCUCCGUCGGCAGAGACUGCGGCUUCGGUGCGAAAGUUCGCCGGCGUCGGUCGGGAAAAUCUAACCAGUCAUCAUCUCCAUGAAUUC